UAUGGCGACACGCUGAGUGCAAUUUGUGCUAGUCGUUGCUAAUUGCUAAAUUAUUUGGACUAUAUAUGAAAUAUUUAGAUUCCAGGAAGUCACUGUGGUGUGACUAUUGUUAUACUGUUUAGCAAAACUAUUUUUCCAGUGACUUCGAGAUGUAUCGCCGCGGAGCCGUAAAGAAGGACCCCAACAACAAACCUGUAAAGAAGGACGUGAGCGACAGCGAUAAAUACGCCGACCUCUUGGUUUUUGGUUAUGCCUGCAAACUGUUCCGAGACGACGAAAAGGCUCUUUUCCACGAGCAUGGAAAACAUCUAAUACCAUGGAUGGGGGACAAGAGCAUCAUGAUUGAUAGAUAUGAUGGGCGGGGUCACUUACAUGACCUUUCUGACUAUGACAGUGGGUCAUGGAAUACAUCCUACCAGCUGUCAGAGGAAGAGGCCAGGAUUGAGGCGCUGUGUGAUGAAGAGCGAUACCUGGCUUUGCACACCGACCUUCUGGAAGAAGAGGCAAGACAAGAGGAAGAAUACAAACGAUUAAGUGAGGCCCUGGCUGACGAAGGCACUUACAAUGCAGUGGCCUUCAAAUACAGCGCUGACUACUACGAUCCCUCACAGCCCACAGAAGAAGAGGAGGCUAACAAGCAACAUGAGGAAGCAGAGCCUGAGGAAAGUGAAGAACCAUUUGUUGCCCCCCCAGGACUUGCUAUCCCACCAGAUGUGGAGCUGCCGGCAACCAUCAAGACUCACAACAUCAUUGAGAGGACGGCCAACUUUGUGUGUCAACAGGGGGCUCAGUUUGAGAUCGUGCUGAAAGCAAAGCAGGCCGGGAACUCGCAGUUUGACUUUCUCCGGUUUGACCACUAUCUGAACCCAUAUUAUAAACACAUCUUGCGGGCCAUGAAGGAAGGUCGAUACAACCUCGUCUCUUCUAACAAGCAGGACCAGUCGCAGGACUCAAAUUCAGAUGAUUCUGAUGAUUAUGGAGAUGGAAGCUAUCUUCAUCCCAGUCUUUUUGCUCCGAAGAAAUGUUCUCGCCUGGAAGAGCUGACAAAGCCUCUUAAGGUUAUGGACCCAGAUCAUCCCCUGGCAGCAAUUGUACUAAAAGCUCAAAAGGAAAGAAAUGGCACAGCAGCUGCAGUCACCGCUCCUGAGAUCAAAUUGUCCAUUGUGCAGUAUUGUAUUAGUACUGUCUACUAUGGGUAUUACAUGCUUCCAGAUGGUUCAUACUGCUUAGCUGCACCUCCACCUGGUGUAGAUGCAAAUUCAUACUACAACAAUAUGACUUCAGCUGUCGUUUCGACCCCUGCUUCCUCUGAGCCUUCGUCCCACAGUGAGAGCACUUCAACACCUGCUGUAACUGUCACCGUGGCACCACAAGCUGCAGCUCCCCCACAGGUUUCCACCCCAGCUGCUACUGCUGCUGUGAACGUACCAGAAAUCAGCUCCAAAGUUGAAGCUCCAGUUUCCACACCAGCGCUGCCAGCCAUCAUUCCCCCACCACCCGACAUCCAGCCAGUCAUAGACAAGCUGGCUGAGUAUGUUGCGAGGAACGGACUAAAGUUCGAAGCUAGCGUUCGUGCUAAGAACGAUCCCCGGUUUGAUUUUCUACAGUCUUGGCAUCAGUACAACGCCUAUUAUGAGUUUAAGAAGAAUUACUUCUUGCAAAAGGAAGGAAAAGCCCUUUCAGAGAAGGUGACAACAAAUGAAGAUAAUCUUCAAUCAGACGACUCAGCUAAUGACGCCAAGCUCACAAAAGCCUCUUUUGCCCCCAUCUCUUUUGCCAUCAAGCCAAAGGAAAAUGACCUGCUUCCCUUGGAGAAGAACAGAGUGCGGCUGGACGAUGAUUCAGACGAGGACAAGUUUUUGGAAGAGGAGGGGCUUGAUGCUGUAAUCAGUGGAGCUAUCUUGGUUGAAAAAGAGCCUCCUCCUGUGAUUACAUCUGAAGAGAAGAAACCUGUCCUAACAUUAGAAGAGCUGGAAGCAAAACAAGCCAAGCAGAAACUGGAGGAUCGCCUCGCAGCUGCAGCCAGGGAGAAGCUGGCCCAGGCAUCUAAGGAGUCCAAGGAGAAACAGCUACAGGCGGAGAGGAAAAGGAAGGCAGCGCUCUUCCUGCAGACACUCCGCGGUCCAGUCGCUGGAGAGCCUGAGCCCAAGAGAGCGGAGCUAGAAUCAUAUACACAGCAAGAGCUGCAGGAAGUCUACUCUGCUCUGUCCGGUUCUGGAUCUCCUCAAUUGUACAACGCGCCACCUGCGUAUCCUCAGGUUAAAAAAUUGUCCCAACGAGCAAACCGCUCUAGGGAGCUCCCAACCGGCUCAUCAUCAUCAUACGCCACGUCCAAAGGCCCAGAGAGACAUAGGGAGAGAGAUCGGGACAGAGAUCGAGAAAGGGAUCGCAAUAGAGACAGAGCAAGAGACAGGGAUCGGGACAAAGGGAGGGAUAAAGACAAAAAGAAGAAAAAGCACAGAAGGAGAUCAAGAUCGAGGUCAAAGACCAGACACUCUCUUCCUAGUGCCUACAAAAGAGGUCACAGAUCCCGUUCACGGUCCCCUGGGAGGAGGGAUAGGAGGGCCCCCUCACCUGAAAAGAGACGUGAGGAGAGAGAUCAUUAUCAUCCCAGCAGCCGGUCCAACUUGCCCAGGGCACAUUCAAGAUCCAGGUCCCCUUCGGAACAAAAAAGAAACUUGUUAUCUUUGUCAGGGCAGGUGCAAACAGCAGGAUUCUCUCUCUCUCCAUAUUCUUCACCCAGAGUUUUGUCGGAGUCUGUGAGCCCUGCGUCCAGCCUCAGCCACUCAAGGGGUUGUUCUCAGGAGAAAGACAAAGCAGUGUCUUCAUCCAUAGUGUCCUCGGUGCAGUCCAAAAUAACUCAGGAUCUGAUGGCCAAAGUGCGAGCCAUGCUUGCUACGUCCAAGACCUUCCAGCCUCCCACUUCCUAAAGAGGGCAGAUCUUUAUUUUGUAGCCACUGCAGCCUCCGUCGGUCAGAGAGCGGCGUUCUCCAAUUUCCUGGAGAUUCAUCUUGCUCUCAUCGGUGUUUAUCAGCGACGUCUUUAUCUAUGAUUUAUUAUAUCAGUUAUGUUUGAUCUGCAGACUCUGUUUAGCUACGGAACGUCCUUUGCAGUGUCGUAAGAAUGAAGCAAGCUGGAGCCGUAAGUGUCUAGUUUCACACCUGACUGGAGGCGGCGGCUCAUUUGCUGGGAGAUUAAGACACAGUUGAUAUGUUUUGGUGCAGCGAGAAUCAAUUGUGGAAGUAAUCCAUGUGUUAUGCAUUCUGUUUUAUGAUAAACCCGCAAAAUGAUGUCAGUCAUUUCUGCAGCGUUAUGUGGAGCUGUGGCAAGUGUAAUUAUCUCCUUCUGUGAAGGUUUGUGUUUGAUAAUUUCAUUUCUCUCACAUAUCUGCUUUUCAAUGCUGCUGUUUCCUUCUCUCUCUCUCUGUUUCUUUCUGUUUCCUUCUUUCUUCUCAUUAUUCCACCCUCUAACUGGAGAAGUGGUUUUAAUUUUUUACUCAAUCCCUCAGCUGCACGGUGUGGCCUUCUAUUUCUGUUCCUGGUUUCUACUGUAAUGAGUUUGACGCAGGGCAACUUUGUAAACUGAACAGUCAAUAAAGUCUCAGUUGUGAA